AUGUCCACCACCGUCGAUACUUUUAACCGCUACCUUAACACCACAGUGGGCCGAGAGAAGUUAUGGCGCUUUGUCCAAUACUUUUCACGAUUCUACGUAUUUUACCUUUUCCGCACUGGUGCAUCCAAAGACACGAUACAGCGUUGGAACGAUCUCAAGAGCAAUGUGAGCGUUGCUCGCAAGUUUUUCCGCUUAUUCAAGCAAUUCGAAUUUGGAAGUAAUGCUGUCAAGAACCUCGCUCUCCCUGAUGAAGUUCUCAAGGCCACCGGUGCUUUGAAGCAAAUUGGUAUGCUUGUCUACUAUACCUGUGAAGCACUUGUACUUGCAAACACUGUAAAGUUCUACAAAUUCCAAAGUGCACCUGAAUUCCAGAAAUUUGGUUUCAAGGCAUGGCUGUUUGCAUUGUGCAUGUCGGUGAUCUCAUCCUUGUACAAGCAUAAGCGCCUUGCUGUACGAGCACACAUGCUUCAAAAGAGGGAGGGUCUCACUGAAGAAAAACAAGACUACGAGAUGGAAGCUGCUAGUUUGGUCAGGGAAAAGAAGGCGGUCAACAAACAGCUCACCCAAGACUUGAUCGAUAUGGUGAUCCCAGUGGCUGGCCUCAACAUCAUUGGGUUUGAUGAAGGCAUUGUGGGUAUUGCAGGCAUGAUCACAUCCGCAAUGGCCAUCCACGCCCAAUGGCAAAAAUCACAAGCAAAGUAG